GGGCGUCGCCAGGUCACACUUAACGGCUUGGAUAAGGGACAUAAUACGUGGUGCCAUGCAGGUCGUGGCGAACGAGGAGCGCGCGGGGCGCUACCUGAGCGCGGCCGCGGCAACGGGCGACGUGCGCGCGCUGCGGAGGCUGUUGGAGGAGCGCCGCGUGCACCCGGACACGGCCAACGAGUUCGGCAAGACCGCCCUCCAGGUGAUGAUGAUGGGCAGCACCGGUGUGGCCCUCCUGCUACUGCAGCACGGCGCCAACGCCAACGUGCAGGACGGUCAAGGGGUAACCCCGGUGCAUGAUGCUGCCCGCACGGGCUUUGUCCACACCCUGCGUGCCCUUGUGGACUUCGGAGCGUCCGUCAACGUAGCGGACUGCUCCGGCGCCCUGCCCAUUCACAUUGCCCUGCGGGAGGGCCACUGGGACGUGGUGGAGUUCCUGGCGCCGCUCUCUGACCUGAGGCACCGCGAUGCCUGUGGACGCAGCGCCCUGGACGUGGCCCACAGCGCAGGCUCCGGAGAUAUGGUGGCGCUCCUGGAACACCAUCUGAAGUCCAGCUAG